CCUUGACUUCCUCGCUGGCCCAUAAAUAUAUAUCUAUCUAUCGCCAUCGAGCAAUUAUAAUCUCACAGAAUAAUAAAAAUCAUGGGGCAAGCCUCACGGCUCGUCCUCCUCGCCGUCGUGGCGCUGCUGUCCGCCGGCCUCCUCCCGCAGGCGCUGGGUAAGGGUAGGGGAGGCAGGGGACACGGUGGCGCCGUCAACCCGCAGGUCGCCGGCAUCUGCUCUCGCACCCCGUUCCCGGAGGUGUGCACGUCCACCGCCGGGCGGCACGCGUCCAAGUACCCGGUCAUCGACAACCUGGCCGUGCUGAACAUGCAAGUGGACGCGUUCGCCAAGCGCACCGCGCAGGCGCGCAAGCACGUCGCGAAGUCGGCCCGCACCAUCCCGCCGCAGCAGACGCAGGCGCUCACGUUCUGCGACACCAUGUACAUGAACACGCAGGACACCAUCGGCGCGGCGCAGCGGGCCAUCACGUUCAAGGACACCGGCACCGCCAAGAUCAUGCUGCAGCUCGCCGUCCAGGACUUCGACUCGUGCGACCGCCCCUUCACCCAGGCCGGCGUCCCCAACCCCAUGGGGAAGUUUGACAAGGAGCUCAACCAGAUGGCCAACAACUGCAUGGCUCUUGCAAACAUGAUAUGAACCACGCAUGCAACCCCAGCGUGAGGUGCCAUCGCAUGCAGGGAAUGCUUGCAUUCAUUUUUCAUUUAAUUGAGAAUUCAUUGAAAUUAUGAGUUAUAUAUAUUGAGUAACUCUAUGUAUUUGUUCCUGACCUGCAACUAUUUAUUCAUUAGUAUGUCAUGAAACGAGGUAGAGCGCCUUUCAUUGCCUUU